GAAUUGGACUUAGCAACCCUAGCCCUCACAUUGUUUCUUAUAGCUUUGCCACUGCCACAGGGGUGCCUUGCAGGAUCGGGACCAUAAGGUUUGACUUCCUCUCCCUUGAAUUCUUACACCUGUGUUGGAGGAAGCCACUUUAUAAAGGGAGCUGUAGGUUACUAUUUUUGAUUGGUAUUUUCUGUCCUGAUUUCUCUGGAGGUGAGGGCCACCGGCUGCUGAAAGAGAAGAGUGCUGAUGUGGGAAGAAGGUUACACUACAAGCCUGUCUCUGCUCCCAAGCACCUUGGCAGAGUUCAGGGCAGAACUGAAGAGCGUGUCUUUGGAGGAGGAAGACCGAGACGAAUGGGAUCUGGACGACAUGGAGGUCAUCAUCAACUCUGCUCUCUCCUUACUGGAUUCCCUGUUGGACAACGGCUUCUUCUUUUUCCUCAGCAACCUCUCCAAAAUAGGGAGGGAGAUGAAGUCCGUCCUGGAUGCAGCUCGCAAGUGGAACGUAGCUGAAGUCGUUGACCAAGUUGAGAAGACCCUGAAGCCGUUGCACAGCCCCAUGUCUUGCAUUGCCCCCAAGAAAGCUUAUAGGAGUCUGAUGGAUAUGAGGAACUACUUAGAGGAAAUUCAGCCCUACGACUGGGCGGGAGAGGACUGUCUGGGAGAUCUGAACGUCCUCCAUGAACACCUGGAGGAACUGAAACCCAGAAGCUGCCUGAAGUAUCUGAAGUACCUUCAUGACCUGAUCCUGGUCCAGGCCAACCGUCUGGUGCGCUUGUCCGACCACCCCUUGAUACAGAAAAAGCUGGGCAGACUGAACAUAUUUACCCGGCUGGUGUUCUUCAAGAUAGAUCUGGAGUUUGCCCUUGACAAUGGACAAUUUUUGGAGGAGAUGCAGGAAAUACUGGAGGCCUUGGACCAUCUCCGGGUCAUUAACCUGAAUGAUUAAAGCUUCAACACUGGUGUCUCCCCUGCUGUGUCUACAGGUCUGAUCUCUCCCAUGGACAAGGGUUUUUUGAAACACUUCACUUGGGAGCUGUUUUUCAUCUCCAGCGCUCUUGGCGACGUGCAGAGAAGCUACUAUUUAAGCUGCCAUUAGAUUCUGCAGUUCAUGCUGCCCUGAGGCCCUUUGUUUUUAACUCUUUGGCUUUAUUAAAGGUUCAGGAAUUGGCCGU